UCUCAGCAUCACAGCACAACACAGGCCUGGUUGGUUUACAGAUUACGUUUCAUUUUGGAACAGAAAAGGCAACUUUGGUUACCGUUGGAGACAUGCUUAUGUUCACAUCAAAAGCAGUUUGUCAGCACCAAAGAUGAGAAUAAUUGGAGAUGUAAAAACAGGUGUCAUAGCUCUGGACGAUUUUUCAGCUAGAGAAGGAACGUGUCCCAUAUCCAAAAUUUGUACUUUCGACGAAGAUAACAACAUGUGCGAUUUGACUCAGGAUUCACAGAACACUUUAGACUGGGAAGUCAGAUCAGGGGAGGACAAUAAUACUAUGUACAGAAUGCCAGACCAUACUACAGGAUCUAUAGAAGGUAGUUACCUAUACAUCGGCUUCAACGGUACUAGUGACGUUAAAUCACAUCGCUCGCGUAUCUACACACCUAAGCGUCCUGCGUCGGCAACGGGCAGUUGUGUUACAUUCUACUACCACAUCUACAACGUAAGCAAGUUAUCCUUCAACGCAUAUUUAUCAACCGACAGUGGAAUCUCAGAUCCACAAUGGACAGUAACUAUCAGUCAAGGACUUCUGUGGCACGGAGCUCGAUUUGCUGUAUCGCCGAAGACAGUAAAAUGGCAGGUUAUGUUCGAAGUAAACGUCGGCAGUCGUGGUUACGGUCAAGUAGCUAUAGAUGAUAUAUCCAUCGAGAAUGGAAACUGCCCAGAUCCAGGGUACUGUGAUUUUGAACAAGAAAAUUGCCUUUGGGAAAACGUUCGAGAACCUUUCAAUGAAAAAAAUGUCCAGUACUUGGACGUACGAAAUGCCGACGUAAAAACGGAUUUGCUAAAAGAUGAUGUUGAUUGGAUAAGACACAUAGGAAUAGAUUACUUUGGACCUCCGAGAGAUCAUACGCUUGGAUCACCACAAGGUUUUUAUUUGCUUUUGGACACAAGAUAUAUUCAAGGUGGCGGAAAAGCAGUGUAUGUCUCCGAACGCUUACGUACUGCUUCUGGUGUUUGCUUAAGUCUCUGGUAUGCUACAUCUAGUUACAAAAACGGAGCCUCUCUUCAAGUAUACAGCAGUGGGGACUUCAUCACAGCAGACCGACUGAAAUUGAUCAAAGAUACAACGGACGACAAAUGGACUAAUUCACUGAUUUCAGUUAUUCCUCCUAUAACAUCGGAUACACCUUACGUGGACUUUUGGGUUUUCUUAGCGGGCUAUGCUGGCAACCACACGCUUGGUUAUUUUGCUGUUGAUGACAUAUCAGUACGUGAUGGAGUGUGCGAAGAUAAAACAGAACUAUUUGACUGUAAGAAUGGCCAGCAUGUACUUGGUACCGAUAAAUGCAAUUUCCAUAAAGACUGCGCGAACGGCCUGGAUGAAUCCAUGUGCGCUGAUUGUGAUUUUGAGCAACAUUCCUGCGGAUGGAUCGACAUUGGAUCAACUUACAGCACGUUCCGAUGGGUUCGGUCUCAAGCUGGCACACAGAAUUUGAUGGUCGACCACACAAAAAAAGAUUCCACAGGCUAUUUCGCCAUUGCAUCAGCAACUAGGUACAUGUACAGUUCAAGUUUGAAAGCUACCCUAGAAACUACGACGUUACGAAACGCAUUUUCAACGUGCUCUAUGGAAUUCUGGUACAGUCUUGUUGGCAAAAGUAAGUACUCAAUUCACUUUUGCAUAUAUUUUUAUUGUUACAAAAUGCCCAACGGCUAUGCGUGGGAUAGCUUCAACCGCAACGCAGGCGAGUUUACGGUUGCCAGACAGUGGCAGGGUUACUAGAUUUGGUGCGAAAUCUCCCAUUUGGCGAUAUUUUGCGAUAAAGUUGGCGAUAUGUCAGAGACGGAGCGAGAACAUUCUAGAACGCAUUCUUAUCGAUUUUCUCGGGAAUAUUCUCGAAGGUAGGUUAAAGCUAUACAAGUCUUGCAGUGUCUUGAGUUCAGAGAUCAGCUUGAGAGCAAUCGACCGAACGAAGGGUUGUACUUUAGAGCUUUGCCGGGAAGCUAUCUUCACCAUCAUAGCCUGAAGGUUGUAUAACUGAUUGUUUCAGCCUGUUUGUCGUAGUUUUUUCGACUAGUGUAAACG